AUGACGACAACUACAAAAUCUGCAAACGUAUCUAUAAAACCGAUUGAAGUGCCUAAGGCUUUGCAAGAAGGAGAAAAGUUUAUCAAAUGGGAUGAGGACUCGGGAGUCGGUCUACCAGUUACACUACGAGUGGAUCCAAAAGGAUACUACUUAUACUGGACAGACCAGAAUAUGGAAGUUGAAAUGCUGGAUAUUGCAACCAUUAGAGAUGUAAGAACUGGGUACUUUGCCAAAGUUCCUAAGGACCAAAAAAUACGGAACAUCGUUUUAAUAGGAGCUCAGGGUUCACUCGAAGAAAAGACCGUGACUGUGUGCUACGGGGCUGACUUCGUUAACGUCACAUUCGUUAACUUCUGCUGUACGAGGAAGGCGAUUGCGCAGAUGUGGACAGAGGAAUUGUUCGCGCUGGCGUACAACUUGAACCAGUACAACAAUCCCACCAUCAAGUUCCUUGAGAAACUCCAUACGAAGAUAGUCCUGAAAGCUGAUAAAUCUGGCAAGAUCCUUGUUAAAAAG